GGGCGCAAGUGUCUAAAGCGUGAGUUUGGGACGGUGUAUGUAGUGUAGACACUAAUCAGUGUUUAGAAGCCAGUACACUGAAAAGUUUUUGUUAAAAUCGAAAAAGAAUGCUAUUAUAAACUAUAGCUAUAUCUCGUAAUUACAUAAUGACUAGGAAAAAAAAACAAGCACUUAUCCUAUGCGUUUAACAGUGCGGAACCAACAGCGAAUUCGCUGUUGUAGUCGGCAGUAAUUAGAGGUCGCGCAAAUAACCGUAUGAGAACAGGAAGAAAAAUAGAAACUGCGUAUGUAUGAAAUGAAAUAUGUCAACAAAGCAAGUCACCUGCAGAUAUUUCCUUCAUGGCGUUUGUCGAGAGGGGAACAGGUGCAUGUUUUCACAUGAUCUGGCAACCAGCAAACCUUCAACAAUAUGUAAAUUUUAUCAGAAAGGUGUAUGUGCUUAUGGUGAUCGGUGCAGAUACGACCACAUCAAGCCGGGUGGCCGAGGAGGUGGGCCUCCUGUGGAUCACACUAACAGAGCCGGUAGUGCAGGAGCAUCUGUCCUGCCCUCUACGGGACCUGGACCUCCACCAAGCGCCGCAAGAAUCACUAAGAAACCAAUCGUGCUGAGAGACAGAGGGACUAGUAAUGGGUUUCUUUUAGAGACACACACUGUAACACUGAGAGGAAGACAGAAGAAUGAGGCUUUAGGCAGUGACAGUCGAGGGCAGCCGUACAGUGGAGAAAGUGCAGAGCUUCUGGAUUGCUGGGAUUAUAGAGACGUCUCUCAGGUCAAACCUCAUAGCUACCUGGAUGCCAUCCGCUCAGGGCUGGAGAGUUCAGCCACAGCCAGUCCAUACCCUGACAUAUCCCAUCAGGCCCUGCUUUGCCCUUACGCGGCUGCUGGCCAGUGUCACUAUGGCGACACAUGCCCGUAUCUCCAUGGCGACAUGUGUGAAAUUUGCAGGUUGCAGGUUUUACACCCGCAUGACCCAGUGCAGAGGGCAGCACAUGAGAAGGUGUGUAUGACUGCGUUUGAGAAGGACAUGGAGCAGGCGUUUGCAGUGCAGCAGAGCCAGGAGAAAGUGUGCAGUAUCUGCAUGGAAGUGGUGUAUGAGAAGGCGUCUCCGUCCGAGCGGCGCUUCGGCAUCCUGUCUAGCUGCUGCCACACCUACUGCCUCGGCUGCAUCCGCCAGUGGCGCUGCGCCAAGCAGUUUGACAACAAGAUCAUCAAGUCUUGUCCAGAAUGCCGGGUGGUGUCUGAGUUUGUUAUUCCCAGCAUGUACUGGGUGGAAGAUCAGGAGGAAAAGAAUCGUCUCAUUGAGGAGUUCAAAUCUGGAGUCAGUAAAAAACCAUGCAAGUAUUUUGACCAGGGAAGAGGAACGUGUCCAUUCGGAGGGAAAUGUUUCUACAUGCACGCCUACCCCGAUGGAACACGGGCUGAACCGGACAAGCCUCGAAAGCAGCUCAGCUCAGAAGGAAACGUUCGGUUCUUGAACUCUGUACGACUGUGGGACUUUAUCGAGGAACGAGAGCAUCGUGCGGUUCCACAGUAUGAAGACGAAGUCAGUGACCUGGGUGAACUCUUCAUGCAGCUCUCUGGUGCCGGAGAAGAAAGUGGAACCUCAGCAACACACUGAUCUCUUCAUCAUACACACACUCGCAGACCUGUAGGCCGACCACGGCAAGCCAUGGUUUCAUAACUUUGGUAACUGUGUAUGUAAUCUGGGCAAUAAAAAUGUACUCACUGGUAAAUAUUUCCCUGUUUAUGGCUUGAUAUGGUUUUCUUAAAAAAAAAAAAAAAAAAAAAAAGAAAAGAAACAACUUUUUACCUGUGGUACAUUUUUGUGGUAUAUUACACUAUGUUUAUCAUGAACAUAUUUAAAGGCACAUGUAUUGUUUCUGUAAGCUGCUAUAUUUUCCUGAUGUGUGUUAGAAUUUUGCAGGAUUGAAAAGAUUUUUAAUAUGUCCAAAGAAAAUAGCUGUCAAAUAAUAAUGGAAAAAUGAAAAAAAGACUGCUAAACCUGCUGGCACACCACAAACACACUCUAGUAGUGUGUGAGUUUAACAAGUAUUGUGUAUUAUUUUAAAAUAUAUAUACUGUAAUUGUUGCACUUAGAUCCAUUUACACAGAAACACAACAACUCGACUAUCUUUGAGAAACAUACUGGCAGUUUUUAGGACUGUUUAACUACAUCGUGUUGAUGUCAAAAAGACUGGAAGGUUUAAGUUUAUUCCAUCAUGUGCACACAUGGAUUGAAGGUACAGUCAAAAGUCCCUCUUCUACCAAUUAGUGUUUCUCAAAAGCUGAUCCAGUAGUCUACUCUGUUUUUCCAUGUUGUUUAUGAGUUAUUUAUUUAAAACUGAGACAAAGUUAUCUUAGUUGUUUGAGGUCCUAGAAUGAAAUAAAAAAAAAUUUACCUGAA